GCGUCUUCCUGACCAGGAAGCCUGGGAAAUAUAGUCUAAUGCUCAUCAGGCUCAGCGGGCUGCGGGGCUGGCGUCGGCGGUCCUGCUCGUCCCUGCUGCGCUCCCUCAUCGCUCCGCUUCGGUCUUCCCUGCCGCCCCGGGGACUGACCCCGUCCCAGGCCAACCCACCGGAUCCCGGUCCUCCUGUCAGGCCCGCAGCAGAGUUCGCUCGGGCUCAGGCAGGCGUAGAGGCGUGGCUCGGUGGUUACAAGAGCGCCAUUUUGUGGUACGGAAGUGACAGUGCGACACCUUCCCCUCCCCUCCCAAAACCUCUGGGAAUAAUGUCACGCCUGUUUUUUAUCUGGGAAAAGGAGACCCCUAAUUAAGAUCGAGCAAGAUCUGAAAGGUGGAGCUGAUAUUUCCUAACGCAGGCCCCUGGAGGUGGUGCUGGUCAUCACCACAGUGGCUGCCUGAAAGCUUGGGUUGCUCGCCACAUCCUUUGCCCAGUCUUCAUUUCCUCCGUCUCCCCAAAGCCAUGUCCAGACCCCCCCUCAUCACGUUUACUCCAGCCACUGGCAACAGCGACCUCUGGAAGGAUGGGCAGCGCCAGUCACAGUGUGAGAGGCCAGAGCCUGCCCUGGACGGGGCUGCAGCCCGGGCUUUCUAUGAGGGGCUGAUCGCGGAUGAGGAGAGCACUUCCUGUAAGCCCCAGAGGCCUGAACCUGUGAGGGAGAGGGCGAGGAAGAGGAGAAGGGUGGCAGCAGGCGUCUCGAGACCAGGAGGACCCCUUGAGGAUGAAGACAAGAGGACGCAGUGCAUCCUGCUGGCAGCCCAGAAUGGGGAUCUGACAGAACUCCGACGGCUGCUGGAGCCCCGGGAGGCAGGGGGAGCUGGCGGGAACAUCAACGCCCGCGAUGCCUUCUGGUGGACACCCUUGAUGUGCGCUGCCCGAGCGGGCCAGGAGGCUGCUGUGCGCUACCUUCUGGGCCGCGGGGCUGCCUGGGUAGGGGUGUGUGAGCUGGGAGGCAGAGAUGCUGCUCAGCUGGCUGAAGAGGCAGGCUUCCCUGAGGUGGCUCGCGUGGUCAGAGAGAGUCACGGAGAGACAAGGAGCUCCGAGAGCCCAAGCCGGCCUCCCCGCUUAGCCCAGUUCUGUGAGGACUGCGGUGCCCACUUUGAGGACGCUAACCACCGAACAUCUACAGCUCACCUGCUGUCCUUGUCAAGGAGUCCCCAGCCCUCCAGCCUUGCCCUUGGGGUGCCCGCCUCCAGCCCUGGCUUCAGGCUGCUGCUGAGGGGUGGCUGGGAACCAGGGAUGGGGCUAGGACCCCGGGGCGAAGGCCGUGCCAAUCCUAUUCCCACCGUCCUCAAGAGGGACCAGGAAGGGUUGGGCUACAGAUGCACGCCCCAGCCACGAGUCACACACUUCCCGGCCGGGGACACCCGCGCGGUGUCCGGGAGAGAGAGGGUGCCUCGCGUCUCCACCCUGAGUCAGAGGGAGAACAGAAAGCGAGCAGAGAAGGACAGAGCCUGGGAGCGGGACCUGAGACUCUACAUGAACCUUGACUUCUGACUGGGCAGCCUGGCCCUGGCCUGUCACCGCCGCACCUAGACCACUUGGACCUCCAGACCCUCCGGCCUUGGCUGUUGGGCUGUGCUCUUAGAGAAAAGGCUGAUGAAUAAACGUCCUUCAUUGUG